UGGUCAGAAAUUUGUUUGUGUCGAUAUCGGUUGAAUGUGCAAUAUGAAUGGGGUGAAUUUGAGAGUGUUGAUCGAGUGUUCGUGUUCAACUCGAAGAUGGCAAACGAAGCGAUCGGCGGUGUGCAAGAGAACAAAUACGAAUCGAUCGUUGCGUGGCACGAAGCUAACUGUCAACCGAGCACGUCCACUGCACCACAACAAAAUCAGUUCAUUCUGAAUGACUCUCAACCACAACAACAACCACAACCGAUUAAAACCAAGCGAAAAAGCAACUUUGUGAAGGUGAAAGAGUUUCAGCAAGAAAUGCGUUUACGAUCACCGUCAUCGACGAACGGCAUCGCACCACCACCACCAGUAUCAGGCAUGUCGGUUACAUCUUCAAAUUCACCGAUCACCUCACGGCCAGAAUCAUCCACAAGCAGUCGGAAUAUUGACUCAUCACGAUUCAUCAGUCCAUCAAACUAUGAACAGUUAUCUGAGAAAAACAAUCCGCCAACAUCUUCGAGUGAUCUUUUGAUGCCAAACGAUGAUGUUGAUAUCAAUUCGGAUAAUCCGUUGAGGCGAAUGGAAAGGAUGACUCAAGAUUCGUUGUUUGAACCUCCAUCGAAAGUGAUUCGUACAACAUCUAAUGAGAACAGCCAUCCUGCAAGGAGAGAUCAAGAACGUAAUGCGAAAUUGGAAAAGAUGCGUACAUUAGAGCAACAGAUUCUGAUCGAUAAAGCACGUUCGGAGUGGGAUCGAAUGGUGCAUGAGCAUGAGGCGAUCAAGAUGGCACAGAACGGCUGUGUUGCUGCCGUUGCGUAUCAACAACAAAUGAUCCAACGUCAGCAUCGUGCUGCUCCCCCUAUUGCUGCCUAUCCACAACCGCCUCUACCUUCACCUGUCUCAUCGCAGUACCCGGUGGCGCAGCCACAUAUGAUAGGACCACCAGCAGUAGCAGCAGCCGCACCACCUCCUCAUAUGCAACAUCCGGCCUAUCGAAGACCCUCAUAUCCUCCUCAGCAAAUACCCCCUUCUCAGGGCUUAUCGCCGAUUGCACCCCAAAACGGUACUACGGCGGCUAUGAUGAACGGUGGUGGUAUUCCAGUGUCAGCUCCACCUGGAAUGCCAAUGUCGCAGCCGUUGCGACCGUCCCUUAAUCCACCACCGUACAGUUUACAUCUUCCACCAGACGGUGGUUACAUGUCGUGCGGAGGAUAUCCGUCGAAUGUGGCAAUCCCUUCUCAAGGAUACCCUCCACCGCCCGCUAAUAUGUCGUCACCAACCGUUUCACCCGCCUAUUCGCCUAUGUAUCCUCCGAUGAAUCCGAAUCCUAUGCCUCCACGAGGGUAUCCGGUAUAUCCUCAGCAAGGAAUGCGGCCAGUCUAUGCAGAUAAGAUGAUGGCCCCUGAAAUGUGGCCUCAGCAAUUUCCUCAACCAUUGGGUAAUCUUGAAGCACGGAUCCCAAGUCAAAAGAUACAAUAUCAUCCGAAUGGAACGGUGUUGGACGAUGGUAUGGGUGAAAAUAUUGUAAAUAUGAAUCAGAUGUAUGGUUGA